AAAUCCCGCCCAAACACUGUGAUCUUACCUGAUCUGUGAGCCACUGCUGCGCUCUGCAUCUGCAGCCGUGGAGGUUUCCCCCCCACUCCCCCACCCCCUCCCGCUGUAAUAUUUAUGACAAAGCGGAGGCAAAUUAUUCUGGUCACGUUUUUGGCUGACAGCCGGCUGUCCUGGAGAGCUCCGGAGUGGAUCGGGGUCCAGCGUUGGAGAUAGCGCAGCGCACCGACACCUGCAGUAGGAUGUAAAGGGAAUUCCCACUCACCUAACUGAAUCAACUACAAAUCCAGCAAUAAUCCUCAUCACUGCCUUAUUUGAGCCAGAAGACAAAGAAAGACAGAGCAUGGUCUGGCGUGGCAGCCGCUGUUGCUAUGUGUGAGGGAGUGCUGUGGCGUCAAUGGAGACCGAAGGCUAUCGAGACCUCCUGGAGACCAGCGACGGUCAGGGGAUAAGCCUGCUGGAUGGCGGGGGAGAGGUGGGGGUGGAGGAGGGCUGGAGCACACCCUACCCCCUGGGCUUCCAGGUGUCUUUGACCACUGUGCUGAUGCUGGAGCUGGUGUUGGGCUUCAGCAGCAACCUGACGGUACUUGUGCUCUACUGCGCUCAGUCCAACCUGGUGGAUUCAGUCAGCAACCUGGUCACAGUCAACCUCCAUGUGCUGGACAUACUGGUCUGUCUGCUGUGUCUGCCGCUGACUGUGGCUGUGAUCCUGCUACCAGCUAAUGAAAAUGGAGUCGGCAGCCUGGCCACGCUGUGCUGCUUUCACGAGGCUUGUGUCACAUUCACCAGUGUAGCUACAGCUGUCAAUGUGCUGGUGAUCAGUUUGGACCGUUACGACAUCUCAGUGCGUCCGGCCAGUCGUCUUCUGACCCCCAGGCGUGCAGCACUGCUCCUGGCGGCAGUGUGGGCCGUGUCUCUGGCUGUCUUCUUCCUGCCCUUCCUUGAGGGGGAUUUCUUCUCUUCGAGGGUUGAGGACAGUGAGGACGAGGAGCCGGAAGGGCGGAACAAUGACUCAGAUCUCGCCACUGGGCCGACCCCCAUUUUUUCCUCCAUCUCUCCUACCUCUUUACCCUCAACUCAUCCUUCCUCCCCGUCACACCACCUGACUCCAGUAUGGCAGAACAGGACACUGCUGUGCGUAGGAGGGCAGGGGUAUUACACAGGCCUGGCCAUGUAUUACCACUUGUUACUCCAAGUGCCAUGCUUCUUUAUCGCUGUUGCCGUCAUGUUGUUCACCUACUCCAGGAUCCUGCAGGCCCUCAACAUUCGCAUAGGCUCCCACAUGAUGAGGGGUGCGCGUGCAAAGGACUCCACCUGCAGGAUACGCUGCAGGAGACGGAGGAAGAAGGACCUGAGCCUGCCCACAGAGGUAGUAUCCUCCAACCAGAAUCAGAACCUCAACCAUCCUCCUCUCAUACCCUCCCCCACCCCUACACCAACAUCGCCCCCACCACUCCCUUCCAUGCCCCAGGUGAUGUCUGACAGUGGAGCAACAGUUACUACUGUAAGUACUGCUGCGACCACCCCCAUCGCCACCACACCGGCCACCCCGGCUUCUCCAACCCUGGCUUCAGCCUCAACCCAGCCCCACGCCACCACACCACUGCCUGCCUCCUCCAUGGGUGUACAUGCCUCGGUUUCUGCCAUCAUCGCUUUGAGGCGGGCAGUGCGCAGGCACAGGGACCGCCGAGAACGUCAGCGUCGGGUCCUAAAAAUGUCCCUACUCAUCAUAUCCACCUUCAUGGGCUGCUGGGCCCCUCUGUCCGCAGUCAAUGUUCUGAUCCUGUGUAUGGGUCCCAGCGACAGCCUGGUGCGGCUGCGCCUCUGCUUCUUGGCGAUGGCUUAUGGAACCACUAUUUUUCAUCCUCUGCUCUACGCUUUCACCAGGCAGAAGCUGCGGCGUGCUCUCAAAACACGUGUCAAGAAGCGGGUAGUAUCCCUUCUGCAGGUGGACCCGGCUCCCAGUGGGGGGACAGUUAUUCAUAACUCCUGGGUGGAGGGAGGCCAGAGGAAGAAUCGCAAGCCACGGGUGGAGGCCAGUGAUGGCACUGAUCGAUGCCUCACUGAGGCAGUGAGGGAAUGA